AUGUGGAUUAAAGCAAUCGACAUAUACCAUGAACAAAUGGUUCCAAACAUACAAAGGGCAGGGAUUGGUGCUGGAUUGGAAUCAAUGAUUGUCAAUUCUAUGGAUUGGGAAGGCUCAGUCAAUCCAAAAGUUAAGUCACAUAGAAAGGCGGUUGCUGCGACUGCAUCUGGUAAAUUUAAAGAUGAAAUCAGACCAGUGAAAAUUAAGAUUGUUGACCCCAAAACUGGAGAUAAGGAGCCAGUUACGAUAUCUGUUGAUGAUGGAAUUAGACCAAAUGCCUCAAUUGUAGACCUUGGAAAGCUGAAGCCUGUUUUCAAGAAAGAUGGAACAACCACUUCUGGUAAAUAA